AUGUCUCAACUCAAGUAUUCCACCUACGAAGGCGCUGGCGAGUUCCUCACAAACUUGCUUGGCUACAGCCAAACUGUCCGCAUCGGCGACAGACUCGAGAUCAGCGGCCAAGGUGGCUGGACGUUCGAGAACGACACACUCGCUUUCCCUUCGACACAGCUGGAGCAGAUUGACCAGGCUUUCUACAACGUUGACAAGACUCUCAAAUCGGGCGGCGGAAAAGGCUGGGAGCAGGUCUUUAGAGUCAACUCGUACCACACGUCAAUCACACCUGAGGUCGGCCAAAGAAUGGCGGAGAAUUACAAGAAGUGGAUGCCGAACCAUAAAGUCAUUUGGACGCAGCUUGGAGUCAAGGAAUUGGGAGUACCGGAAAUGAUGGUUGAGAUUGAGGUGUCAGCUUACGAUCCUGAGGGUGCGUCUAAGGCAUGA